GUUAUCGUUUGGUGGUUACAUUUGAACUUCGUUGUUUAGUGACUUAGCGUUGUUGUGACAUUUGAUUCAUAACAGGAUAUGGAGGAACAACAGCAUGAAGUUCACAGGCUAUGUUUACAGUUAUCCAAUUUAAAACAUGAGAAUGAAGGAAUGCAGAAUGUUAUUACACCUUUAGAGGUGGAAAAUGAGGAGCAAGAUAAACUGGAAGCAAGCACUGAGAAGGUACACGAGACAGAACUAGCUGAACUGAGUAAAGAGGAACAGCAGCAUGGAAUUGACAGACUACAUUUACAGUUAUCCAGUUUAGAAAAUGAGAAUGAAGGAAUACAGAAUGUUAUUACAUCUCUGGAGGUGGAAAAAGAGGAGCAAGAUAAACUGCAAGCAAGCACUGAGAAGGUACACGAGACAGAACUAGCUGAACUGAAUGAAGAGGAACAACAGCAAGAAAUUGACAGACUACAUUUACAGUUAUCCAAUUUAGAAAAUGAGAAUGAAGGGAUACAGAAUGUUAUUACAUCUCUGGAGGUGGAAAAUGAGGAGCAAGAUAAACUGCAAGCAAGCACUGAGAAGGUACACGAGACAGAACUAGCUGAACUGAAUGAAGAGGAACAGCAGCAUGGACUUGACAGACUACAUUUACAGUUAUCCAAUUUAGAAAAUGAGAAUGAAGGAAUACAGAAUGUUAUUACAUCUCUGGAGGAGGAAAAAGAGGAGCAAGAUAAACUGCAAUCAAGCACUGAGAAGGUACACGAGACAGAACUAGCUGAACUGAAUGAAGAGGAACAAUGGCAUGAUAUUCACAGACUACGUUUACAGUUAUCCAAUUUAGAAAAUGAGAAUGAAGGAAUACAGAAUGUAAUUACGUCUUUAGAGGUGGAAAAUGAGGGGCAAGAUAAACUACAAGCAAGUACUGAGAAGGUACAUGAGACAGAACUAGCUGAAUUGAAUAAAGAGAUUAAUGAGCUGGAGUCAAAACUUCAAGAACUCGAAGUAAUUUCAAGUUUGAGACGAGCAAGCAUCGAAAAGGCUGAAGAGCAACGUAUUAGUCUAAUUACUGACAGUUCAGAGGAAUUACUGAUGCUAGAGGCUGAAAAAUGUGAAGCUUGGAAAGCCUAUUCAGACUUACAGAAGGGAACUGAAGAACUUAAUGCACAAAAUAAUCUACUGGCAAGUGAAACAAAUGAGCUUUCAGAAAAAAUUUCUGAACUGAGUUCAAAACUGGCUCUGACAGUUGAGGAGUGCAAUAUGUCCAAUGAAAAAAUGGAGGCUCUUCAGGAAGAAAAUCUCAUAAUGAAAGGUGAGCUUGAAAUGCUCAAGGGAAAGGUGGGCAAUCAUUCAUCAAAAGGAAACUCACUGUUUGCUGAAGUUGAAGUUAAUCGACAGCAAUUGAAAAAUGAGGCCAAGAAGCAGAAAGAGCAGCUUAUGGCUUUACAGAACACAUAUUCCCAGACAGUGUUUGAGAUUCGGAAACUUAUGAAAGAAAAUGCCAAAAUGUCUGAAGAGCUAGAACAUGCCAAAGAACAGAGAUCAACAGAAGAAUUAAAACUGCAACUCACUACAUACAAACAAUGCAUAAAGGAUCUAGAAGAUGCACAAAAAAUAUGGGAUCAGGAACAAGCUGCUGGACCCAUUGUUCGUGGUCAAGAUGAUGAGACAGGGAGAUUUUAUGAUAAUUUAUUGAGGGAAGAGAGAGAGAAGACAAAACAGGUGUGGGAACGAUGUGAAGAUAUUAUGGCAAGGUACAUUGCAGCAAGUGAAGAAGUCGCAGCCACUGAACGUGAGAAAGCAGUUGUGGAAAGUAUGAAACUGCGUGCUGAGGCAGAAAUAGUAAAACUUAAACUGCAGCUCCUGAAGAGUGAAGAAGGUGAAAUUCAUCCCAGUGAGCCAAGAAUAUUAUAAGACUCUUGCUGGUAGGUGGAAAGGAGCUGUAUCUUUGGUUUUUCUUUUACUGUAGAAACCCUUAAAAUGAUGCGACAGUUCACUUUAUUUUGUGGUACACAAUGUUUUUGUAGUGAUAGGUAUGAGUAUUACAUGCAUGCAACCUGCUGCUCAGCUUUUGAACGUAAAGCCACAUGAGACAGCACAGUAUUGACAUGUGUACCUCUUACUCCCAUUCUGUAUCUAGGACUGUUUUAAGUGAAAUUGAAGUCCAUACACUUGAGUUCACAAAAACCCAGACACCAAAAAGAAAAGAAAAAUACAGUUAUAUUAUUCUUGCCUUCGCUUGACUUAAGACCUUGAUAGUGUCUAAAUAAAUAAAUAUCAGAUCGAAUCAACUAACACUCUUCACCAAUUAUGUACGUACUGUUCAACUUAAUGGCCUAUUCAGAGCAAACUUUGUGUUGUACUCUUGCUGAAAUCUGCAAUAUUUGUAAGAAAAGUGCCCAGCACAUUAUUACUUCCACCAAGAAAUCCUCAGAUUGUUAUGAAUUGGAAUCCCUAGGUGCAAUGACAAUUUUAAAUAAUCUCAGUUACUCACCACAAAUGCUUCCGCUCUUAUGUUGUAGUACUAACUGAACCUCGAAAUCCAGCUGGUUGCAAUAAUCUGUGUUUAUGACAAUAUCCUUGAUACAAAUUGUAUAGAGAACACAAAAAAGAAGAAAUAAACAAGUAGGAAAGUAGUUAAAUAUUUUUAGGAAUAGAAUUACUGUUCUAUUUGGCAUGGAAGUGUUUUAUGAAAAUUCUAUGGCAUAACUUUCAUAAAAUUAAGGAAACAUGAUCUUGCAAGAAGUUAUAUAUCCAGAGAUAGUCUUUGCAGAAUAGAGUAAAAGAAUUAAUUUUAAAUAUUGAAAUCUUUCUUCAAAAAUUUGUUCUGCCUGAAUAUUUUUUGAUGAUUCUUUAUGUUAGUGUUUUUACUGCUAAGAAUAAUGGAAUUUGCUGAAAUCUUAAAAUGUCGACUAUUUGUGCCAACUGGUAUUCCAUGACAAAAAUUGGCCCAAAGUACAGCGAAACCCCUUAAAAAAAUGCAGAAUUGAGGAAAAUGUUAAAACCCCCAAAAUAUGAGCAAAAACACGUGUAAUUUGCAUAUGUGGUUAAAAAUCUUAAUCCUCUCCAACACUGUGUACAAAAUCUAAGGAAAGGAAAUUAAAUGUACAAUACAAUGUUGUGCAAUAUUUUAUGGUAAUGAAUUUAGUCAGUUCUUAAAAAAUCACAGAUGUGUCACAGCAAGUAAAAACCUGUCAAAAAAUUGUAAUUGGUAUCUGAGUACAAGGUAAUUGAGCUGUUUUCUGACAUGAUAUGAGCACAAAUUAUAUGUUCAAAACAAGUGUUUCUGAGAAGUCAUUCUAUGUGCUCACCCAGAAAAAAAAUAAAAAAAUGAACAUGUUGAAUUAAACCAAAAUCAUCACAGCAGUUACAUAUUUAAACCAUAAGCAUAAAUGAGGACAUCUGCUUAAUGACAUAGUUUGCCACCAUUGCUGUUAUUGUUUAAUGACUUUCUGACGAGCUGCACUUUGUAUGCUGAUAACUGUUAAAGUCUUAUUUUAUGCUUGAUGAGAGAAACAGGGAUGUGAAGAAAUGAGUUCACUUCCUCAGCUGAUGUUACAAGCAUAUUAAAGUUACCUGUACACUGUGUAAAAUGUAAGUUUGAAAUAAAGCUCAGGUGCUACAAUUUUU